GAUUGUUUAGAGCCUCGGCUCUAUAUAAAACCUUUCCCAAAAAAACCACUUAUAGGACCAAAUGGACUGAAGGUGGAAGAUUCGAGGGGAAGUUCGAAUAAGCAUUCCACCUGCGUGACAAACCCUUGCCAUAGCCGCUUCCUCUCGAAAAUCCUGGCCGCUUCCUCUCCCCAACCGCCAUAGCCGUGCUCUCUCUGUCUCUGUUUCUCGCUCUCUUAUAUCUAGCAGAAAAUGGUGGAGAGAGCCAUACCUAGGGUGCCAGGACUCAUAACUUCACUCUCUCUUCUACAGCCCCAAGCCCAUUCUCUCUCUCUCUCUCUAGCCCCUACCCAAGCGCCUUUUAUCUCUCUCUGCAAGCCGAGUCCCUCUGCAACCCCAAUGCUAUAUACUCUCUAUAGCUUAAGCCGUUGAAGACAUCUCAGGCUUAGGACAAGUUCAGUGUAAAAACACAAACUUGAAAAGGAGACAUCGCUGAAGGGUAAAAGUAAGUUACCCAGCCCCGACUGCCCUCGCGAAGAAGAGGGUAUUUUUUUGCCCUCGACUGCCCUAACCACAGAGUAGAGACCAUCUCGCACCUUCUCUUUGCUCCUACGAGCCUCAUCACAAAGAUUAUCAAAGCCAGAGACCCAUAACUUCUUUAACGUUCCAGCAGGUUAUCAAACCUUGAAACCCAAAACUUCUUUAACAUUCCAGCAGUUUAUCAAACUCAGAAACCCAGAACUUCUUAGAGUAACUGCUUUCUUCUCAGCAAAGAAGAACUUCCAAUUUCCCGGGAACAUUUACCUUCCAGUUAUCAAACAUAUUGGAAGACAUUAGGAGUGGCAACCUUGAUGUGGACCCAAAAAAUGAUACGAGGCUCAGACCCAUACCCAAAUUAACCGGAACCAAAAAUAUAGUGUGGGACUUGGAGCUGGACCUAGGUCCAGAUGUGAUCGGACCCAGGUUGGACCCUACCCAAAAAUUAAAAUAUUUAUAUAUUUAACUAUAUUUAAAUAUGUUUUGUAUAUUAGGACCCAAAAUCCGGAUCCGACCAGACCCAAAGACCUGCCAGAUCCAAUUUUUUGACCCACGCUCGGACCUCGAUCAGGUCUACCCUUUGGGUAUCGGGUCUGCCCGGGUCCAUUACCACCCCUUUCAAGAUAUUUCCUAUGUGCCAAACGACCACUACAUCCUAUUGUCCGUGCUAAGAUUAUAAGUGAUGCAUUCUAUAGUCCCUCGAUUUCAAAACCCUAGCCAAAACACACUCUCUCUAACUACCCGCCGAAUCUCUCUCUUCCUCUCUGCGAACUCUACCUGGGUGUAUCAAGCUUUCCAUUUGGACACUCAGAAGCUUUCAUUUUGGACUCCUACAUUAAUGGUGAAGAUAACACAAACCAGUUUCUGGAGCUGUGUUUAUUGCCCUAAGAACCCAAAAUUUGAUGGAAGUCCUUAAAAUAUGGUUCCAGAAAUGACAGCAUGUUUUAUUUUUUGGGGAGAAACUGUUUCCAAAGCCUUUCUUCGUGUCUCUUCAGUCGACCCCAAAUUCAUUAAAAGAUCAAUACGCUCGGUUUCCUCUGUCUCUAGAUCAAACAGGUUAUGGGAAAGAGGUAUAGAGAAAUUGGGUACGAAUGCUAAGAGAUUAGAUCACAAGGACUGGCUUGCUCCCAAUGAAGUGUUGAAAAUAUUCAAAAGUGUGAGGGAUCCGCAGAUGGCUUUCGAUCUUUUCCAAAAGUUGGUUAGGCGUAAGGACUAUAAGCCUAAUGAGGCUCUUUAUACCAUUUUAAUCGAAAUGCUUGCUAGUGCAAAGAAGUUUGAUGCCAUCGAAGAACUCCUGACUAGAAUGAAAAUGGAAAAAUGCAAGCUAUCUGAUGAAUUCUUCAGACAUUUGAUAAAGUUAUAUGCUAAUAUUGGAAAAAACGCUGUUCAGGCGGUGAAUAUACUCUAUAGAAUGCCUGACUUCCAUUGUUGGCCUUCUGUUAGGACUUUUAAUUCUGUGCUCAAUAUGCUUGUUUGUGCAAAGCAAUAUGAGAUGGUACAUGAAGUUUACUUGAGUGCCUCUCAAUUGGGUGUUGCUGUUGAUACCUGUUGCUUUAACAUUCUUAUCAAAGCCUUGUGUCAGUGUGGGGACUUGGAUGCUGCAUUUUCAUUGUUGCAAGAAGCCCCAAAACAAGGUUGCAGGCCUAAUGCAACCACAUAUGCAACCCUUAUGCAUGGCCUAUGUAAAUCAGGGAGAGUGAGUGAAGCCUUUGAGCUCUAUGAGAGAAUGGAGAGAGAAGUGUGCUACCCUGAUACAAUAACAUUCAAUAUAUUGAUAUCUGGGCUUUGCAAACAAGGGAGUGUAAAGCAAGCAAUGGACCUUUUGCAUACGAUGAAGCUGAAGGGAUGUUAUCCUAAUUCAGGUUCAUAUCAAGCACUUAUCUAUGGCUUGCUAGAUGCUUCAGAUUUUGUCGAGGCAAAUAAGCUUUUGAGCUUGAUGGUUUCGAAGGGUAUUUUCCCUAGUUUUUUGUCUUACAAAAUGCUAAUUGAUGGAUUAUGUGACAUGGACUUGCUACGUGAUGUGGAUGCAGUUCUCACGCAGAUGAUAAAUCAGGGGUUUAUUCCGAGGAUGGGGACUUGGAUGAGGAUCCUUGAAAGCUUAUUUAGGGGAAGGACUUGUGGUACUUUUAUCCAUGAAGAUCUGUUGUCUAUCUGUAAUACUAAUUAUUGAAAUGAUUUGGUUUGGGUCUGAAUCUACAUUUUUCACCUCACUUUCAGAAGAUGCGAGCCGACCUUCUUGUUAAAUACAAUCAUAGCAAGUUGCAAUCUUACCUUUCACCAUAGAGAUAUGGAUCACAUCAUCUCAAACCACAAUGCUUUAGGAUCAAUUGAAUAAUUGUAAAUUUCAACUGGCUGUGCUUUCCAAAUGGGCAAUGGUUGUGGGUGGCUUGUAAUUUUAAUAGGAGAUGAGCUGAUUGAUAUGAUGAGGUUAUGAGAAGAGAGGAUACACUGGGAUUUGAACAUUGUGCAUUGUCAUGAAGCUCAAUGCUAAUCACUAAGCCAAGCGUCCAAGCCUCAUUCACAUUUCAUUGUUUGUCUGACAUAUCAAUUUGGAUCUCUCUUUGUUUCCUGCACCGGAUAUGAUGGACAUCAAACAGUAAUUUGCAUGUACUGAUUUUCAAUCUAUGAUUGGAGAGAGGAUUGUGAGAUUCCGUUUGAAGAGCUUGCUCGAUGUUGAUGCAACCAAGGAGGUGCUGGUAGGUAACGAGGAAAUAUCUGGUAAAACCAAAGGCUACUAAGGCCAUAUUGUAGUAGCCGAGGAGUUGUUGUAUUGAAUAAAAGAAUUUUCUAUUUAAAUGUAUGAUCAAUCACAUUCGUGAAGUCCACUGACCUGAAUGAAAAUUCAGCAGAACUCAUGUAGCAAAAAAAAUUAAUUGUGAGGGUGUAUCACUUUUUGAGGUGGGUUUACGCUUUCUAUACAACUACUUUUGGAAUCCAUUAAAAUUGAUGUUCCACAAUGGAUUAAUUCAACUUCGAAUGGAUCACUUUUUUGCUGUG